CGACGCGUGGCUUGUAGGGCAGAGUUGUGUUCCCUGUCUAUCCAUCGUCCUUCUCUACGCAUUUCUGUUGCGCCUUCGUCACGCUUCCCUAACCGCCACUUCUUCUUCCCGGCCUCGAUAUUAACGCCGGACCGAUCUCUCUUUCUCCUCCGAUCCUAUAUACAUCCAAUAGCCACAGAGGAGGGCACUUCUGCAUUCGCUCUGCUUCUUCUCCCAAUCUCUCUUCGCAAUGUCGACGAUAAAUCUUCCUGCCGGAUUGUGCUCGCUGAAGUGCGACCCGGCCCGAUCCUACGGUCGCCUCUCGUCGGCUAGAAGCAUCGCCAACAGCACUUCGUUGUCGUACCUUCUGGAUGCGGGGAAACGAGCUCCAAUUCGGAACCUAGUUCAGUCCGUGAAUUGUAAUGCCGUGAAAUUGUCCUCCAUUAACGGUGCUGCAUCCUCUUCAAGUGAAAAAGGUUUGCAGUCAGGAAAUGACUAUCUGAAUGCUCAAAGGAAAACAAAGAUAGUUUGCACUAUUGGUCCUUCAACAAGCUCACGUGAGAUGAUAUGGAAAUUGGCAGAAGCCGGAAUGAAUGUUGCACGUCUAAACAUGUCUCAUGGGUAUCAUGCAUCACACCAGAAAACUAUUGACAUUGUUAAAGAAUAUAAUGCACAAUUUGAUGAAAAGGUUAUUGCCAUAAUGCUUGACACAAAGGGACCAGAGGUGAGAAGCGGUGAUGUGGCACAUCCAAUUGAUCUCAAGGAGGGUCAAGAGUUUAAUUUCACCAUAAAAGAAGGAGUGAGCACGGUUGACACUGUUAGCGUGAAUUAUGAUGAUUUCAUAAAUGAUGUUGAUGCUGGAGACAUUCUUCUUGUUGACGGUGGAAUGAUCUCAUUGGCUGUGAAAUCGAAGACAAAUGAUUUGGUAAGAUGUGAAGUCAUUGAUGGUGGAGAUCUAAAGUCAAGGAGGCAUUUAAAUGUACGCGGGAAGAGUGCAACAUUGCCUUCAAUAACAGAAAAAGACUGGGAUGAUAUCAAGUUUGGCGUGGAGAAUGAAGUUGAUUUCUAUGCUGUUUCUUUUGUAAAGGAUGCCGAUGCUGUCCUUGAGUUGAAAGAAUAUCUUAAAAGCUGCGAUGCUGAUAUUCACGUGAUUGUAAAAAUUGAAAGUGCUGAUGCUAUACCAAAUCUGCACAGCAUCCUUUCAGCUUCAGAUGGGGCAAUGGUGGCACGAGGUGACCUUGGUUCUGAGCUCCCAAUAGAAGAAGUUCCUUUACUGCAGGAAGACAUCACUAAAAGGUGCCGAAGCAUGCGAAAGCCAGUUAUAGUAGCGACAAAUAUGCUUGAAAGCAUGAUUAACCACCCAACUCCUACUAGGGCUGAAGUUUCUGACAUUGCUGUUGCUGUGCGAGAAGGAGCUGAUGCAAUAAUGCUUUCUGGGGAAACUGCCAACGGAAAGUAUCCAUUGAAGGCCGUCAAUGUAAUGCAUACUGUAGCUUUGAGGACUGAAUCAACUUUAUCCACAAGAACACCUUCUCCAGACCAAUCAGCUUUGCACAAGGGCCAUAUGGGAGAGAUGUUUGCUUUGCAUUCAAGCACAAUGGCCAAUACACUUAAUACACCAAUCAUUGUCUUCACAAGAACUGGUUCAAUGGCUGUAAUUUUAAGCCAUUAUCGUCCUCACUCAACCAUCUUUGCUUUCACGAACAAUCAAAGGUUGAAGCAGAGGCUCGCUCUCUACCAGGGCGUCAUGCCUGUGUAUAUGGAGUUCUCAAAUGACUCAGAGGAGACGUUUUCCCGAGCACUGAAGCUUCUAUUGGGUAAGGGCCUUGUUAGCGAAGGGCAGUUUGUCACCCUUGUUCAGAGUGGUGCGCAACCUAUCUGGCGUACAAAAUCUACUCACCACAUACAAGUUCGCAAAGUCCAAAGCUGCUGAUAAAUGUUUUCAUGAAGGAAACUAAAACACAAUUUUAACACCACCUUUGAUGCCAACAUCAAUUUUUGUUUGCACAAAUACUCCAACGAUCAGGCGUGUUUAUGCUCUCAUGUUUGUGUGUUUUGUGCGGACAAAAAAUGAUUUUGGCGUGAAAGAUGAUGUCCUUACAUCUUCUUGAAACAUAAAUUUUGAAUUAUGACAUUUUUAUGGGUUUUCUCCCUGUACCGAAUGGUGCGGAUAUGGAUGGAUAAUACUUAUGCAGUAUUCUCAUGGUGGGUUAGUUUGGUACCAUAUCUCCAGAUAUGUAUGUACGUAUAGAUUGAGAUAUCACAAUACCCAUAGCCUAUGAGAUGCAUCUAUCUUGUCUCAUAUGUAAUAGUCUUAGUAAUGAUGUCCGUAUUAUUAUAUCAUUCAACUCAGGAAACUUUAGACAUAGCCUCUAUAAAUGUAACAAUCUCAUGAUCAGAACUUCGUAGUUCUACCACUAU